UGAAGUCGUUGUGUUGGUUUCCGGUGUCACCUCUCUGGCGGUCCUCUCUGGUUCAGUCAGUUGAGAUGUUCUGAUGGUGUUUUCCGCCGCUUGGAGUGCUGUAACUGAUCACAACCUUCAGUUGUUCCACUUCGGUUGGUCUACCCGACUCUACAGUAGCAUGUCCUCAGCUCCAGACCACCCUCUCGUAGCCCCCCAGCUACUUAGUUAGCUCCGUGUGGCCGCUGAUGAGAGCACCUGGCGGCUACAGCUCGGCAGCGGAAUGCCUCGGAGGAAGAAAAACGGCCAUAGCCCGGCUAGAGUUCCCAGCGGGCCGCCAGAAGGGGGAAGCCUCGGUCACAACACGGGCAACCGACUACCUCAGGGAUUUGACGGCGCAAUGGCGAACAACUUUCCGUCCAGCACCUCGCUCUCCAGCUCCGACAAGGAGAGAAUCGUGAAAAGCAUGCAGGAGAUGUUCUCACACCUGGACCCUGAAGUUAUUUACAUCGUCCUGUCCGAGUGUGACUUUAAAGUUGAAAAUGCAAUGGACUCUCUCUUGGAGCUUUCUGUGGCUGCUGAAGUUGCAGGUCCUAUACCUUCUCCCAUCUCUGGCUUCGAGCGCACAGCUGCAGCCCUGCUCAGCCCAGGCCACUUUUCAGAACCUAGACCAGACCCAGUUUCCCCUGCUCCCUCCACCAAUCUCCUGACAGAAGAGCUGGACCUGCUGGUCGAUCAGGAGCUAGAAACAUUAACCACACAACAAGACAUUAAGGAGGAGCACAGCAGCAGCCAGUAUUUAUCCACUUUCCCUCCACCACCAUUCCCACAGCAGGUUCUCCCUGAGCUGCUUCAGUCCAGCCUCCAUCCUAGAUCUAGAGGGCCCUCUGGUGGGUUAGUGGAGCACAUCUCUGCAGCGUCCUCUCCACUCGAUCAGCUCAGCCACUACGAAGAUGGGACUGCAGAGGAGCAGCAGUCAUUAGUGGAUUUUACACAUCUGAUGGCAGAAAAACCUGCAGACAGGCCGAAACCCCCUUUGGACCUGGCAGCUUCGGGACGUCCUUCGGCUUUUCAGGUGUAUAAAAAGCAGGACCCAUCACAACCUCAACCAGACAAGGCUGGGGUCAUGCCCUCUCAAGCGAUAGUCGGAGGGGCAAGAUCUAAGGUGAACAUGUCGAAUCAGGAGCCGCUUGGCUACGUGCCAUCACCCUGGAACUUGGAAGCGCCUGCGUUCUCUCCCCAUAUCCAUGGAAACCAGGGGCCAGCAUUCAUUACCCCUGUGGCUCAAACUCCUUUCGCCUGGCCAAGCCAACAACCCAGGCAUGCCUCUUCCUGGCUAAGUCAGGGCCCUGUCAGUCAAGCACCUCUCAAACCUUCUGCUACUAUCCCAAAAUCCUGGGCCCUGCCUGCCCCUCAUCCUCCUGCGCAGCAUAGCAGGCUUCGUCUUCAAGGGAAGGUCCUUGUGCUGAUACGCGGUGCUCCAGGAUCUGGCAAGUCGACCUUGGCAAGAGCCUUGGUCGAGCAUAACCCAGGUGGAGUUAAACUGUCCACUGACGACUAUUUCUCUCGCAAUGGAGAAUAUCAGUUUGACCCUGCUCUUCUGGGGGAGGCUCAUGAGUGGAACCACAAAAGAGCCAAGGAGGCUUUUGAAAGGGGUGCUAACCCCAUCAUCAUCGACAACACCAACAUGCAGGGCUGGGAGAUGAGACCCUAUGUGGUUCAGGCCCUGAAACAUGGAUACAAGGUGCUGUUCCGAGAGCCAGACACUUGGUGGAAGAACAAGCCUAGAGAACUGGAGAGACGUACCACGCAUAAUGUGCCAGUGGAAACCAUCCGGCGCAUGCUCAUGGGAUAUGAGCGCUUUGUCUCAGUCCAGUCCAUCAUGGGUUCACAGAUGCCUGAGUUUAAACAGCGUCUCGUUCUGGAGAACAGAAGCUCACAGCUGGUGUCUUCUGAGGCACCUUGUCCUGACCUUGUAGAGCAGCCUGGAUUGACUGAGGGAUGUAAGAAGUCCUGCCCUCAGCUGUUUUCCUCCCUCCCAGACGUGUCAUCUAUCGGCCAUUCCUGUGAGGUGGGAAUACCGGAGGACGGCGCCCACAAAUCUACAGAGUCCCUCAAUUUUCAGCCUACUGGAAGACUCACAGAAAAGCCUGAAAUGUCAGAUGGGGACGACGACAUGGAUUUGGGGGAAUUAGAUUUGGAGCUGGAUGCCCAGCUGGAGCUGAAUCAACCAAUAGGAGAUCAGAGAAUCCCAGAUUGCAUCGUGGAGUCUGUGAUGAAUGACGAUCACCAUGGGGAUGAACUGCCAGUGGCUUUCUCUGAGUCCAUCAAACAAAGAGUGAAGCGAGAAAGGCCAAGCAGGAGGUCUGGUUUUGACAGGCUGGAGCCUGCAGAUCUGGUGAAAGAUACUCAAAAAUCAGACAGUGAGGAGAAAGAAAAGACUGAGGGAGCAGAAGGGGUUGAGAUGGCGACUGAUGGGGAAAACCAGAUGUUGGACUUUUCAGGAGAUUGGCCCACUGAGGGGUCGCUUGGACAGCGACAGGUGAGGAGAAGGGAGAGGAAUAAAGAAGGAAGUGGGGAGGAAGCUGAAGGUGUGCCUCAAGAAGCAAACAGAAAUAAAACAAAAGUGUGGCCAGGACCCACAGAGUUUCAGAAGCUUCUGGAUCUUAUUCAGACUGGCGAACCUGCCAGUCAGACUGACUCUUCUCGCCCGUCAUCAGUUUCCCCAAGCUCUGAAGGGGAAUCAGAGGAACAAGAGGAGACAGGUGGCAGAAGUUUUAAUUGUGAGAAGAGAGAGCAAAACGUGAACAGGGUUGACAGCAGCAGAGGUGAAUUACCUGACUGUGUUUUAGAUUGGAAGGCAGCAGACUCUUGUAAAGUCAGGGAAUCAAGACUUGAUCAUUGGGAGGCUCUUAAAACUGAAAAUGAAGUGAUUAGUACAAGAGGAGGGAACAACGAUGUGUUAGAGAUUGACAGAGAAACAGGAUCUGUGGAUUUGAAAUCCACUGACCCAACAAUUCCCCUCUCAGCUCUUAUUGCUGAUUCAUUAGUUAUCUCCAAAAAUGUUGAGGCAAAUGUACAACAUGACGGAGCAGGAGGCCACAAUAUUGAAGGUGAGGUUGGUAAAGAGCCCAGUACUGGUCCUCCUGAUGUGGACACGAAUGACUGCACAGAGAGUGAUAGAGAGAAUACAGCUGAGGCCGAUGGCAGUGAAGUGUGUCAGAGUCCUGUGUGCGAAGGCUCUGUGGAAGCAGACAGCGGCGCUUUCGUUGGAGGCAGUCAGGAGAGAAAGCAACGCCAGGGUCGUAGAUCAGGAAAACAGUGCAAACUAGCCCUCACCUUCACUCAAAACUGCCCUGCUUCUCUGAAUACUCCUGAGUUUCCCAAUACUUCCACCCAAAAUAUCAGCAGUGGUCUGAAUAGCAUCAACACAGAUGAUGAAUCUAACUGUAACACCAGCCUUGAACCAAAUUUUGACCUGUUAAACAAGACCCCAUCUGAGGCAGACCCGAAUCCUUCUUCACUUCCUCUGGUAGACCAAGGCUGCUCCACCCAGACAGAACCUCAAGACUUCGCCCUUCUAUGGCGUCUGGAUCAUCAAGACAACCCUGAUGAAGCGGCCAUCACUUCAAGCAGCCAACUUUGUGGCAUCACAGUUCUGUUUGGCGACUCCUCUCGCUUCGUGCCGGAACCGUCGUCUCCUGAUUCUUCACUUCAGUCUUCCGGCCACAGAGAAGUACCGUACCGCGUUGUGCAUGAGAAAGGCACACAGGUGGAGGAGAAAGAGCUCGGGACAACUCAAGACCGGCUUGAGAGCCUGCGCAUUCUUAGCCGCCAUUUUAAACUGGUGAGUUUUGAUACAUUGGAGGAUCUGUAUGAUAAAUGCCAUCAGGACCUUGAAUGGACCACCAACCUGCUGCUGGACUCUGGAGAGAGGUUCUUUAGAGAUGAGGAUGGUGAGAAAGAGGACGAGGAUGGUACCUGGGGUGAAGAAGACCAGAACACAUCCAGUUCGUGUGGUGCUUUAGGCAAGCCUGUAGAAACCAGGUUAUGCCCUGAUGUGUUAGAUGAGCAGCACCCUCAAGAUUUGCCAACUGGAUUUGAAGAAGGGACUCAGGAGUCAACCUGUGGGAUCGUCAGCAAGUCAGAUGAGAGUGCCAGCAAGGCCAACGAAACAAGUUUUGGAGUUCCAACUAGAAACAAAGAAAUUCCUGAUGCAACUUCAAAAUCUCCUCAAACAGAACUAAGUCUUCCUCAAGCAAUAAACAAUAGAGAGAAAGGUGGCAACACUGAAUGCAAAGUGGCAUCAGAAGCAGAUUUCGAGGGCGGCGCUCAGGGUGUUAGCUUUGAUGAUGGAGUUAUAAUUGAAGAUUCAAGGAUGGAGAUUGAAGAGGAGAUUGCCAGCAUGGACGAAGUCCACCGAAUGCUGCAGGCUGAGCUAGACCAGAUGGAGAGAGAGGAAAGACAGAAGGAGGAGGGGAAAACUCAAAGGAGGCACAAGGAGGAGGGAAGGAGUCGACACCUGAACAUUCAGUGUGUGGAGCUGAAACUACCCACCGAGGUGGCACUACAGCUAGCUGAACUGUUCGGUCCUGUUGGAGUAGACCCAGGUAUGUGUUCUGCUGAUAACUAUGAAGUGCAGAUGGAUCUGAACCUGGCGAAACUGCUCCACCAGAAGUGGAAGGAAACCAUUCAGGAAAAACAGAGACAAGCAACUCUUUCCUUUCAUUUGCUUCAGGAGAGUUCAGUACACUGGGGUGAGCCUCAUGCAGCCAAACCUGGGCAACGAGACCAGACACAGCCGGCACCAUUCUUGAUUAGUGCCGAUGGUUACAUGUCGCUGGACAGCCAACCAGAGGCCCGUAAUCAGAUGCCAUUCAUGGACCACUGGAAUGUGUCCCGUCAACACACCUCUCUCAGAGAUAUUAUAAAGGAGCAGCAGGCUUUACAGGAGAAUGAAGAAAAGACCAGACAAAAUCGCGCUGACAUCGACCGGUUUGACGGAGCCGCCCUGUUGAAGGAGGGCCAUCUGUACGCCCUCUUCCCCACCAUUGACAGGCAUUUCCUCCAGGACAUCUUCAGAGACAACAAUUACAGCCUGACCCAGACGGAGCUCUUCCUUCGCUCUCUAAUGACUGAGGAACCAGUCAAGACUGUGGUCGCCCCAGAGGCACCUCGGUCUGACCACCACAGAGCAGCCAGCAAGGAGAGGGAAAAGAGGCAAAAGCCCCUGGAGUCUGUGGUACCUGACUAUCAGGAUACAGAGGACCCAGAUUAUGUGGACUUCAGGGCUGAGGCCAGCCUACAGAGGAGCCGACAGCUUGAGUGCUUCUCCAAGGCUGCUGAGGCCUUCAAGCAAGGACGUAAAGAAGUGGCCUCCUUCUACGCACAGCAGGGACACCUGCAUGGCAAGAGGAUGCACGACGCCAAUCACCGAGCAGCAGUUCAGAUUUUUCAAAGGGUCAACUCAUCGCUGCUGCCCAACAACAUCCUGGACCUCCAUGGGCUGCAUGUGGAUGAGGCCUUGGAGCAUCUGGCCCAGGUCUUAGAGGACAAAACUACAGAAUAUGAGCAGGGUCUGUGUAGACCUCAGCUCUCUGUCAUCACAGGAAGAGGGAACCACAGCCAGGGGGGCGUGGCCCGCAUCCGCCCCGCCGUUAUAGACUACCUCACCAACAAACACUACAGGUUCACUGAGCCAAAGACGGGUCUCGUGUUAGUCUCUUUGAAGUGAGGAGAACUUGGUUUAUUGGAUUCAAGCUGCUAUGGAGGACAACACAAACACACACACUCAUUCUUUUGCUCUCUCUAUGCCACAUAUACAGUCAUUACAGUAUAUACAGUAUGGUGCACUAAGCAAUCUUAUUUCCCACAUCUGUCAGCUUUUUGUACUUUUUGUCUCUUUUUCUCCAUCGGCCAUAUCAACACUAGAAAUAUAAUUUCACCUAAACUUUGUUAAAUUGAGGUUAAUCUUAAUUCAGAUCUUAGUCGAUAGCAUAACUGCAUUCAUGUGAAACACAAAUAAGAUAUUUGUUUGCAUCUUUAAAGCUAAGUAUGCAUGCACAUUUUGUAUUUAAAGGUGUUUUAUAGUGUGGUUUAUUUUGCUUUACAAUUUUCUUUAUGCCUUUUAAAGAGUAUAAAAAUAUCCCAGUGUUUUGAAGGUUCCAUGUUGGUAAGGUGGUGUUUAAUCCAACAAUUCCCAAUGUGGAGACAUGUAUGAGGUGUGACGUAAAGAUUUUGUGACACUUAAAUUGAAUGGUGAUUGCAUGCUGUCAGUGUGGAGGAUAUUCUCUAGGAUUUUAAGAAAUAUUUCGUCCUUUUUUGAAACAGUUGAAUUAUUCUAUUUGGCACUAAGUCUACAUUUGAUGCGUGUCAUCUAAUCAGAGAUUGUCCUCUGAGAGGUGAAACCCCAAAUGCUCAUUAAGAAGAAAAUUGUUUCUCUUUGAGUGUCACAGUGUGUUGCUCACCAGGAGGUGAGCUUGAAACUCUUCAGAUGAUCAGAAGGCCAUUGAAUAGUUUGAACACUCUCCAUGGUCAACUCUGCCGCGGUCAUUCUCCUUUGUCUUAGCAGCUUCCUCAGCAACAUACUGCAACUUAUCAUUUACUUUAGCCUAAGGCCAAGCCAAGCUUAGCUGCUAAUAUGCUCACAUGCAAACUCAGGUAAAGAUUCAACAAUAUUAGGUUUUCUCUUCUUUUAAGGCCAGUCAAGUGUUUCCAGCCUGUUCCUGGUAGCUUUUUUUUAAUCCAUUGUGCCAAAUUUUGUAGCAGUUGUACUCUCAGGUUGCUACACCGGUUUUGUAGGUUUAAAAUUGCUUCCAUUUUUCUAUUUGUGAUAUUUUCAUAAAGGUGCAACAAAAGUGUUGCCAUUUUACUAAUUGUACAUAUUGUGAACACAUGAAGUAUAAAGAGAAAAUUGUAUUUUUGUAAUUCAUUUGUUCAUAUGCUUUUACAGAGAAUAUUGUAAUGUGGAAUAAAAUCCUUUAUGUUCACAGCUUCA